GGUGGACUUGGCGUCGGGAAGAAGGACGGCGAUACUUGUGCCUUACUUGUUACUAGUUGAUUGUAAUUUUUGUUUGUUGAGGACAGAUUUGGGGGACACUGACGUCUCCGUUGUCGCGGUUCUCACGGCUCUUGUCAGUUGUUGAUUCGUAGCUCGAAAUGCACGGUCAUGGAGGCUAUGACUCUGAUUUUAGUGAUGAUGAACACUGUGGAGAAUCUAGCAAAAGGAAAAAAAGGAUUGUUGAAGAUGAUUUACUACUUAAAAAGCCAUUUCAGAAAGAAAAACAUGGAAAAGUGGCCCAUAAGCAAGUUGCAGCAGAAUUGCUGGAUAGGGAAGAAGCAAGAAAUAGAAGGUUUCAUCUCAUAGCUAUGGAUGCUUAUCAAAGGCAUACGAAGUUCGUAAAUGACUAUAUUUUAUACUAUGGUGGCAAAAAAGAAGACUUCAGACGUUUGGGGGAAAAUGACAAGACCGAUUUGGAUGUUAUACGAGAAAAUCAUAAAUUCCUAUGGAAUGAAGAGGAUGAAGUAGACAUGACGUGGGAGAAGAGACUUGCAAAGAAAUACUAUGAUAAAUUAUUCAAGGAAUACUGCAUAGCAGAUCUCAGUAGAUACAAAGAAAAUAAGGGCAACUGGCAUGGUGCAACUGGUGUGGUGGAGGCCCUGCUCCUGGCUUCCUCUGAAUUGCUGUGGCCCUCGUUGACUGGGUGGAAGUUUGGAUUUAGGUGGCGAGUAGAAAAAGAAGUAAUUUCAGGAAAAGGUCAAUUUUUCUGUGGAAAUAAAUAUUGUGAUGAAAAAGAAGGCUUAAAGAGCUGGGAAGUUAAUUUUGGUUAUAUUGAGCAUGGUGAAAAGAGAAAUGCACUUGUUAAACUAAGGCUAUGCCAAGAAUGUUCCUUUAAAUUAAAUUUCCAUCACAGGAGGAAAGAAAUCAAGUCAAAAAAAAGAAAGGAUAAAACCAAAAAAUAUUGUCAAGAGUCAUCACAUAAAAAAUCCAGAUUAUCUUCUGCAGAAGAGACCUCCAAGAAGAAGGAUAAAGGACAUUCAUCUUCAGAGAAAAAAGAUCCUGUAAACAGAAACUCUGAUGAGGAAGACAGUGCUUCAGAGUCUGAACUGUGGAAGGGUCCACUACCAGAGACAGAUGAAAAAUCCCAGGAAGAAGAAUUUGAUGAGUAUUUUCAGGAUUUGUUUCUGUGAGAUGGGAGAGAGAAGCUUACAUUCCUUAAUGUGGACGUUCACUUUGAAACAUCAUAAAAAUUCUGACUGCACGUUGCAACUGGAGUGGUUUGUCUUUGGAAAUAAAAAUUCAGCUACUCUCACAA